GAGAGGUUAGAGGUUAUCGUUUAGCGAGUUAUUUUUUAUUUAAAGUACUACAUUGAGUUACUUUGCACUUCUUGGCUAUUUAAGAAAGAUAAAUGGCAUUGUCGAAUGUGGUAGUAGUGAUUAAAAUCCUAGUCGCUACAGCCACAUAACCAGGAUUGUUAGCUAGCUAGUUUAGCUAACCACAAGCUAGCUAAUUUCAAGGGAAGGGGAAAGGUAAUUUGAUAGCUAGCUGGUUAGCAGUGUUGUUUAGCUAACUAGCUACGAUUUACUUCCCCUGGCCGAAUGACGUUGGGUGGCUUUAUGUGCUUUUGGCUACGCUGGCAGGCGGGUUGGAAGCAACCAUAGCGAUACACAUUUUCGCGGGCGGGAGGUUUUAAACUUCUCUAAACAUGUUCAAUAAAUUUUACGAAUUAAUUGGAACGGGCUUCGCUAAUCUCCGCAAUGGAGUACCAGCUCCCGACCAACAAGAUAAUGACACACACAGAGUACAACAAGGGGGACAGAUAAGGAGAAAAAGACCCAUCGACUGGUAAGUUAAGGUUAUGCUAAUGUUGGCUAGCUAUAUGUAAUCUAUUUGUUGUGUAGUAUUCUAAUUUGGCUAGCUAACUAACGGUAGUCAUCUAAUAAGCUAACGUUAGCUAGCCAAUUUAGCUUAGUUUACUAGCUGGUGUGGCGGCACUGGAUGCCCAGUUUGUUUGAUGACCUAGCUAACAUUAGCUAAUUGUCAACUAUUUGUGAGUUGUAGCUAAACUUGCGGACUUGUCUAUUUGAGAUGGUGGUGAAAUUUAGACCAGCCAGUUAGUUACUAGCUAGCUAACGUUAGAGGUAUGGCACACUGUAUGGCACAUUUGGGAGUGGGGUUGAGCAACCAAAGUGCGUACUCCGCAAGUCCCCCCCCCCCAUGACCGAAUAUAACCCCUAUGAGUGGAACAGGUCACUGACUAAAGUGAAUGUAGCUAGCUUGCUUGCUCUACCAGAAUUAUCACGGCCAAAAAACAAAUAUAAGACUGCCCACACUGUCACUGAUUCUCUGGCACAUAUUCAUGUUGGAUAUUGUUUCCCCCCUUUUUUCAUAGUUUGGAGGAUGGCGACCAAAAUGACCAGGCGCUAGCAGUGAAGAAAUUUCGGAUGGGUAAACUAACUGCAAUCUUGGCUGUGCAUAUACACUAUAUAUACAAAAGUAUGUGGACACCCCUUCAAAUUAGUGGAUUAGGCUAUUUCAGCCACACCUGUUGCUGACAGGUGUAUCAAAUCGAGCACUCAGCCAUGCAAUCUCCAUAGACAAACCUUGGCAGUAGAAGAGCUCAGUGACUUUCAAUGUGGCACCAUCAUAGGAUGCCACCUUUCCAACAAGUCAGUUCGUCAAAUUUCUGCCCUGGUAGAGCUGCCCCGGUCAACUGUAAGUGCUGUUAUUGUGAAGCAGCAACCGGCUCCGCCGCGAAGUGGUAGGCCACACAAGCUCACAGAAUGGGACUGCCGAGUGCUGAAGCGCGUAAAAAUUGUCAGUCCUCGGUUGCAACACAAACUACAGAGUUCCAAACUGCCUCUGGAAGCAACAUCUGCACAAGAACUGUUCCUCGGGAGCUUCAUGAAAUGGGUUUCCAUGGCGGAGCAGCCGCACACAAGCCUAAGAUCACCAUGCGCAAUGCCAAGCGUCAGCUGGAGUGGUGUAAAGUUCACUGCCAUUGGACUCUGGAGCAGUGGAAACACGUUCUCUGGAGUGAUGAAUCACGCUUCACCAUCUGGCAGUCCGACUGACAAAUCUGGGUUUGGUGGAUGCCAGGAGAACGCUAUCUGCCCCAAUGCAUAGUGCCAACUGUAAAGUAUGGAGGAGGAAUAAUGGUCUGGGGCUGUUUUUCAUGGUUCUAGGCCCCUUAGUUCCAGUGAAGGGAAAUCUUAAUGCUAUAGCAUACAAUGACAUUCUAGACGAUGUGAGGUCCAUACAGAAAUGGUUUGUCGAGAUUGGUGUGGAAGAACUUGACAGGCCUGUAGAGCCCUGACCUGAACCCCAUCGAACACCUUUGGGAUGAAUUGGAACUCCGACUUUUAGCCAGGCCUACUCACCCAACAUCAGUGCCCGAUCUCACUAAUGCUCUUGUGGCUGAAUGGAAGCAAGUCCCCGCAGCAAUGUUCCGACAUCUCGUGGAAACAAUUCCCAUAAGAGUGGAGGCUGUUAUAGCAGCAAAGGGGGGACCAACUCCUUAUUAAUGCCCAUGAUUCUGGAAUGAGAUGUUCGACGAGCAGGUGUCCACAUACUUUUGGUCAUGUAGUGUAUCUUGUGGUGUCUAACAUGUUCCCGGCACAACAGUGUAUACAGUGUUUGAUAAACAGUCCAUGGCUCCCUAUCUGACCUGAUAUGGUGUGUUUGUGGAUAUGACAACAGAGGUCCUCAUUGACACAGUGAAGACUGCGGCUGAAGGGGUGAAGAGCCAUAGCUCCAACGUGGCUUCCUGGGUACGGAAUAGUGUGACUCCUACCUUGAGGAACAUACUGCCCGCUUCCCCAGACCCCCCUCCGGAAGAACACUCUCAUGAAGAGCCAGCAAGAGAGUCCCAACCGGAACCCUCAACUUCUGCACCUCAUCCCUCAACUUUCUGGGAAGAGACUGAGGUAUUGGAUCUCUAUAUGAUGUUUCAGGGCCCUUAAUUCACAGUGUUUCUGUGUAUUAGUGCUGAUCUUGGAUACGUUUUUGAGUUUUAAAUCAUAAUGAAUAAGAAGGGGGACUUGAUCCUAGAUCAGCACUUUUGAGACAGUUUUUGAAUAUGGGCCCAGAUCUAGUAGUAGAUUUAUACAUAUUCAUUACUCCAGUUUAUUACAGGCCAGCACUCUGUUAUAUUCAUAUUGAACAAUAAUGUAAUUAGUUUUUAUGGUAUUGUUUUCAGGUCCUUGAGGUGAGGUGCUCUGAUCCCCUGGACGGGUUGUUUGUUGCUCCCUCGACAACUCUGGAAUGGAAAACCUCUAAAUCAGGCAAGACUCUAUUCUAAGAAUGUCUAUGAAACCAUUCCUGCUGCUGGCUCGAAAUGUCACUAAUGUUGCUAUGGAAAUGGAACAGUUGUUUGAUCUACACUCUUCUUCCUCCUUUGUUCACUGCAGAGUCCUCUAGAAUUGAGAAGACGAUGAUAGGAUCGAAGGUUUGCAGACGCCAAGUGUGCAUGGCUCUCACACAUCGUGAUGCGCCCAAAACUAAUGGGCACUCUGUCAGUCUGCCUCAUUCCUCCAGCAGUACCCCUAAGCCAUGUCCCUCUACCCGCCUGGGCAGGAGCCACCUCAGAACACCUGCAUCAACAAGGUAUGCUCAUAUUGUCAAUAGAUAUAGGCCUACCUUUCUCACUGAGGAAAAAAGUAAUUCUGCUAUUAAUCAAGCAUUGAAAACCUUGCUUGAAUUUCAGAGUGCUUGAAAGUGCAUUAUUUUCCGUGCCUGAUAGUGCCCCAUUCACAAUAAUAUGAAUAACAUGUUUGCUGUAAUAAUUUCAUUCUCUCUGUCUGUAGCCAGUUUACCUCAGCAGGAUGUAGCUCCUUCACCAGCAUGUAUGAGAAGACCUUCCCCAUCCGCGUAGUGCAGAGUCCUUCACACGGCAGCCCUUCCAACCGCCUCCUUAGAGCCAGGGCUCACUGCACCGCACAAGAGGUCAGAUACCACCUACCAGCAUUUUUAUGGCUCCCACUUGCUGCACCGUUUGCUGAACUUUUGCUAUUGGGCUGUUUUCAAAUAGAUAGAUAGUUAUAUCGACUAACAAUGCAGAAGAAUAGUCAUAUGACUAUUCUUCUGCAUUGUAAGUUGAUAUAUACCUUGAUAGAUACAUGUAGUCCAGAAUAUACCUGGAGAAUGUCAAACGCCACAAUUUUUGUUUUGUUGCAUCUGCUCCACAUCCAAUCCUUAUUUAUAAUAUAGAAGGUUGGGUCCUCUCUGUGUUGCUCUAGUCUGUCUGUGAGGAGGAGAAGGUGGUGUACAGACAGCUGCUGGCCAUGGUCUCAGGUGGACAGUCCUUGUCGUUCCACAACGGCAGCUCCCAUGGCUUUCCGCGCUCACACAGAGACUUGUGAGUAUAACAACCACAAAGCUAAUGCUACAGUCCUCUCACUCUCCUCAAGUCAUUGAGGAUGACUGACAAUUCAGUCGUGCUCAAUGACCUGUACUCGCACGUUGAUGCAACCACACACAAUUUCAUCAGGAAAUCUACCUUUUUGUACUUCUCCCUGGGUUUCAUAGUCCUACAUCUUGGCCAUUUGGUGUACUGGUGCUCCUUUCUAAUAGCCCCCUCCCCUUUUUCCUUUGUUCUGACCUGUCUCUCUCUCACUCAUUCACUCACUCAGCAGGCGUCUGCUCCAGUGUUCAUCCCCUUCAGGGGCUGGAGAUGCCUCAGAGGGCCCCAGUGAACCCCCAAGCCCCCGUCCAGAGUCCAGCCAGGGCUGCAGCAACGUCCCCAGCCCAGGGGAGGGCUCCUCCAGUGGGGCAGGGAACCACACCUGGGGCCCUGACUCAGACCUCAGCCCCAGGGGACCAGGGACACUACAGUCUGCCCCCUCUCCAGCUACCCUACAUGACACCUCUUCUCAGGACACACAAUCAUCAGGUGAAACUUCUUAGCACAUUUCCACUUCAUCAGAGUUGAUCUAGUAGUUUAUUGACCACAAGGAGGGAAAUGGAUGUAUCACCACCACCAUCAGCAGUAUACAGAGACAGGACAUGAUAGAGCUGUAGUGCAAAAAUAGUUUUAUGUGUUGUUUCCAUAAAAGUCUACGUGUUUGUCUCGUGUGCUAAUUUUGACCAUGUCUUGUUCUGCAGCACAUGAUGGGGACUCCGUAAUCAUUGUGAAAGAGCAGAAGGGCAAAAAGCCAUGCAGUUCAAGGUAAGUGUUUUGAAUAGUUUGUUUUUGUUAAAUUGUGGGUGUUAUGUACUUUGUAUUCCCCAUCUAACCUGGUUUCUCUGUCUCGCUCUCUCUGUGUCUCUCUCCAGUGUGCCAUGCUUCCAAGCUGAACUCUGGAUCAAGGAAUUGUAAGUCCCCUAAUUUGUAACAUUCAUGAUUGGUACAUUUUCUCGUCAUGUGCCUGUGCAUACUAAAUACAAUUUAAAUCCACCUCUAGCUCAUUAUAGAAGUCCUUUCCUCAAGUCGAUGUGUGUGUCUGUGUUUUCCAGGACAAGCAUGUAUGACUCUCGUUCCCGGGAGAGACGGAGGCAGAUAGAGGAACAGGAGGCCCUAGCUGCUCAGCUGCUGCGACAGGUAGUUAGAAUCCCCUUCUCUGUCCUCAUUGGUGUGAUGUCAGCCCUCAUGUCUAUACCAAGUCCCACAUUUACCACAGACGCGGUCAAUGGAAAAGUUAACGUUUUCCCUCUAUGCUUUAUUCAAGCUAUAGUUUAUUAACUGUAUGAAAUGAGAUGCUCUUUUAAAUGGUGAGGACCACUGAAAUAAACGUUCAACUCUAUAGUGGUCCUACUAACCCUGUACUCAAUAGAAAAUGAUAUGGUGCUCUGUCUAACCCUCCUGUCCUGUGGUCUGGUCCAGCGUCUGUCAGAUGACAGCCAGCUGGGCAACAGGUCCGUGGAGCUGCAUGUUAGAGUCCCCCUGGAGAAGGAGGUUCCUCUGGCCCCCCUCAUAGAGGACCACAAACCAACUGAGGAGAAACCAGAGUUCCCUGAGCUCACUGAGGUACCAUUCACAGUCUUUUGGUUAUGUGUAUUGUGCUUAUUUUAUCACUGCGAAUGUGAGCCAGCGCAUUACCAAUCAAAUGCAUUGUAAUAAUUUGAUUGAGUUCAUUGAGACGUUUUGAAUAAAUGAAAUGGAUUUUCUCACUGUGUGCAUCAGGAUGGUACAUAGCAUGCAGCCUUUAGCUGAGCCGCCAUGUUUGUGUGUGUCUGUCCAGGAAAUGGAGGGGGAGGUGGGCCAGGCGCUGAGGGGAGGCAGCCAGGACGAGGUGCUGAGUGAAGGCUUCAGACUCACCAUCACACGCAAAGACCUCCAGACACUCAGCCACCUCAACUGGCUCAACGACGAGGUGAGAGCACAUCACACUGCUUCUGUUUAUGUCGUCAUCUUAUGCCACUAUUUUUGGAGACUGCUAGUCAUUUCUUCUCUCUCUGUGUCUGAGCCUAUACAGGAAAGAGAAUAACUAAUACAGAAGUGGUUUAUCAGUGGAUCUAUGCUGUUUUCUUUGCUUCACCCGCUGUCUCCUUACUCUCCAGGUGAUCAACUUCUACAUGAACCUGCUGGUGGAGCGUGGUAAGGAUCCCGGCCUGCCGACGGUCCAUACCUUCAACACCUUCUUCUUCCCCAAGCUACGCAGUGCAGGCUACUCUGCCGUACGCCGCUGGACCAAAAAGAUGGACAUCUUCUCAGUGGAUGUCAUACUGGUGCCCGUCCACCUGGGGGUGCACUGGUGCCUCUCUGUGAGUUAACAUACAAUAUAUUGUACUUUACUGCUGCUGCCUGUCUACCUGGGGGUGCAGUGGGCUGGCCUGGUUACGCAUCCACCAUAGUUUUUUUAUUUUAUUUAUUUUAAUUUCACCUUUAUUUAACCAGAUAAGCCAGUUGAGAACAAUUUCUCAUUUACAACUGCGACCUGGCCAAGGUAAAGCAAAGCAGUGCGAUUUAAAAACAACAACACAGAGUUACAUAUGGGGUAAAACAAAACAUAAAGUCAAAAAUACCACAGAAAAUAUAUGUGCAAAUGUAGCAAGUUAUGGAGGUAAGGCAAUAAAUAGGCCAUAGUGCAAAAUAAUUACAAUUAGUAUUAACACUGGAAUGAUAGAUGUGCAAAUAGAGAUACUGGGGUGCAAAUGAGCAAAAUAAAUAACAAUAUGGGGAUGAGGUAGUUGGGUGGGCUAAUUACAGAUGGGCUGUGUACAGGUGCAGUGAUCGGUAAGGUGCUCUGAUAACUGAUGCUUGAAGUUAGUGAGGGAGAUAAGAGUCUCCAGCUUCAGAGAUUUUUGCAGUUCAUCCAUUCAUUGACAGCAGAGAACUGGAAGGAAUGGCGGCCAAAGGAGGUGUUGGCUUUGGGGAUGACCAGUGAGAUAUACCUGCUGGAGCGCAUACUACGGGUGGGUGUUGCUAUGGUGACCAAUGAGCUAAGAUAAGGCGGAGAUUUGCCUAGCAGUGAUUUAUAGAUGGCCUGGAGCCAGUGGGUUUGGCGACGAAUAUGUAGUGAGGACCAGCCAACAAGAGCGUACAGGUCACAGUGGUGGGUAGUAUAUGGGGCUUUGGUGACAAAACGGAUGGCACUGUGAUAGAUUACAUCCAAUUUGCUGAGUAGAGUGUUGGAGGCUAUUUUGUAAAUGACAUCGCCGAAGUCAAGGAUCGGUAGGAUAGUCAGUUUUACAAGGGCAUGUUUUGCAGCAUGAGUGAAGGAGGCUUUGUUGCGAAAUAGGAAGCAGAUUCUAGAUUUCACUUUGGAUUGGAGAUGCUUAAUGUAAUUCUGGAAGGAGAGUUUACAGUCUUAACCAGACACCUUGGUAUUUGUAGUUGUCCACAUACUCUAGGUCAGACCCGUCGAGAGUAGUGAUUCUAGUCGGGUGGGCGGGUGCCAGCAGCAUUUGAUUGAAGAGCAUGCAUUUAGUUUUACUAGCGUUUAAGAGCAGUUGGAGGCUACGGAAGGAGUGUUGUAUGGCAUUGAAGCUCGUUUGGAGGUUUGUUAACAGUGUCCAAUGAAGGGCCAGAUGUAUACAAAAUGGUGUUGUCUGCGUAGAGAUGGAUCUGAGAGUCACCAGCAGCAAGAGCGACAUCAUUGAUAUACACAGAGAAAAGAGUCGACCCAAGAAUUGAACCCUGUGGCACCCCCAUAGAGACUGCCAUAGGUCCAGACAACAGGCCCUCCGAUUUGACACAUUGAACUCUAUCUGAGAAGUAGUUGGUGAACCAGGCGAGGCAGUUAUUUGAGAAACCAAGGCUAUUUAGUCUGCCAAUAAGAAUGCAGUGGUUGACAGAGUCGAAAGCCUUGGCCAGGUCGAUGAAGACGGCUGCACAGUACUGUCUAUUAUCGAUCGUGGUUAUAAUAUCGUUUAGGACCUUGAGCGUGGCUGAGGUGCACCCAGCUCGGAAACCAGAUUGCAUAGCGGAGAAGGUACGGUGGGAUUCGAAAUGGUCGGUGAUCUGUUUGUUAACUUGGCUUUCGAAAGGCAGGGUAGGAUGGAUAUUGGUCUGUAACAGUUUGGAUCUAGAGUGUCACCCCCUUUGAAGAGGGGGAUGACCGUGGGAGCUUUCCAAUCUCUGGGGAUCUCAGACAUUACGAAAGAGAGGUUGAACAGGCUAGUAAUAGGGGUUGCGACAAUUUCGGCGGCUAUUUUUAGAAAGAAAGGGUCCAGAUUGUCUAGCCCAGAUGAUUUGUAGGGGUCCAGAUUUUGCAGCUCUUUCAGAACAUCAGCUGUCUGAAUUUGUGUGAAGGAGAAGCGGGGUGGGCAUGGGCAAGUUGCAGUGGAGGGUGCAGAGCUGGUGACCAGGGUAGUGGUAGCCAGAUGGAAAGCAUGGCCAGCCGGAUCAAAAUAAUCAAAAUUCUCGAUUAUUGUAGAUUAAUCGGUGGUGAUAGUGUUUCCUAGCCUCAGUGCAGUGGGCAGCUGGGAGGAGGUGCUCUUAUUCUCCAUGGACUUUACAGUGUCCCAAAACUUUUUGGAGUUAGUGCUACAGGAUGCAAAUUUCUGUUUGAAAAAGCUAGCCUUUGCUUUCCUAACUGCUUGUGUAUAUUGGUUCCUAACUUCCCUGAAAAGUUGCAUAUCGCGGGGGCUAUUCGAUGCUAAUGCAGUAUGCCACAGGAUGUUUUUGUGCUGGUCAAGGGCAGUCAAGUCUGAGGAGAACCAGGGGCUAUAUCUGUUCUUAGUUCUGCAUUUUUUGAAUGGGGCAUGCUUAUUUAAGAUUGAGAGGAAAGCACUUUUAAAGAACAACCAGGCAAGUUUUAGGGAGCGUUUGACAGUGAUGAGGGGUGGUCGUUUGACCGCGAACCCGUUACGGACGCAGGCAAUAAGGCAGUGGUUGAAGACAGCUGAGGUGUAUUUAGAGGGUAAGUUAGUCAGGAUGAUAUCUAUGAGGGUGCCCAUGUUUACGGAUUUAGGGUUGUACCUGGUAGGUUCCUUGAUAAUUUGUGUGAGAUUGGGGGCAUCUAGUAGGAUGGCCGGGGUGUUAAGCAUAUCCCAGUUUAGGUCACCAAGCAGUACGAACUCUGAGGAUAGAUGGGGGGGCAAUCAAUUCACAUAUGGUGUCCAGGGCACAGCUGGGGGCUGAGGGGGGUCUGUAGCAAUCGGCAACAGUGAGAGACUUAUUUCUGGAAAGGUGGAUUUUUAGAAGUAGGAGCUCAAACUGUUUGGGCACAGACCUGGAUAGUAUGAUAGAGCUCUGCAGGCUAUCUCUACAGUAGAUUGCAACUCCACCCCCUUUGGCAGUUCUAUCUAGAUGGAAAAUGUUGUAAUUGGGGAUGGACCUUUCUGAAUUUUUGGUGGCCUUCCUAAGCCAGGAUUCAGACACUGCUAGAACAUCAGGGUUGGCAGAGUGUGCUAACGCAGUGAAUAACUCAAAUUUAGGAAGGAGGCUUCUGAUGUUAACGUUCAGAAAACCAAGGCUUUUACGGUUACAGAAGUCAACAAAUGAUAACUCCUGGGGAGUAGUAGUGAUACUGGGGGCUGCAGGGCCUGGGUUAGCCUCUACAUCACCAGAGGAACAGAGGAGGACUAGAAUAAGGAUACGGCUAAAGGCUUUAAGAACUGGUCUUCUAGUGCGUUGGGUACAGAGAAUAAAGGGGGCAGAUUUCCGGGCAUUGUAGAAUAGAUUCAGGGCAUUAUGUACAGACAAGGAUAUGGAAGGAUAUGAGUACAGUGGAGGUAAACCUAAGCGUUGGGUAACAAUGAAAGAGAGAGCAUCACUGGAGGCACCGAUUGAGCCGGUCUCGGAGUGUAUGGGGGGUGGAACAAAGGAGCUAUUUGAGGCAGUUUGAGAAUGACUUGGGGUUCUAUAUUGAAAUUGUAUAAUAAGAACUAACUGGAACAGCAAUAGGCAAGGCAUAUUGACAUGGGAGAGAGGCAUAAAGCAAUCACAGGUGUUAUUAGAGAGAACUAAGACCACAACUGGUAAUGACGAUGAAAGUUUGGGCUGAGGCUAAACAGAUAAACAGGACAGGGUACCGUGUAAAGGAACAGUCCGGCAUGCAUCAGCUGUGCAGCUGAGUGAUCAUAAGGUCCAGUGAACAGCAAUAUGUGAGUCCGAGAGCAGUUAGAAUUGGUGCUAAAGCACAGCGAGCAAGAAGCACGGCUGCUGUUUGCGUGUGCUAGCGGGCGGGGCUAGCAGAUGGAUCUUCGUGGUCGUCGCAACGGGAAGCCUGUUGAAACCACAGACGAUUGUUGCUGGAACCAUGCUGGAAAGGGCAAUGUGAAAAUAAAAUAUUCAAGCCUGCACAGCAUGGUUCAGAUGGGCUCUAUAGUGGUAAUCACACUAGACAGAAUCUGUAGUGUGAUGUUUAUAUUGACUGUUUUCUUUCUUCUUUUUCCUUUCAGGUGGUGGAUCUCCGUAAGAAGAGUGUCACAUACUUUGAUUCAAUGGGAGGAAAAAAUGACGAAGCCUGCCGGAUAUUACUGCAAUACCUGCAGCAGGAAAGCAAGGACAAGAAGGGCAAGAACCUGGAUACGUCGGAAUGGACUCUGCAGAGCAAGAAACGCAACGUACGUGUUACACUAUGAUAUCUAACCGAGAUCUGUCAACUCAACAUGCAUUGACACUUCACUGAUUGACGUUGCCAUCUUUUGAAAAAUGUAUCUCAAUCUAUUUCUCCCAACAGGAGAUUCCUCAGCAGAUGAAUGGAAGUGACUGUGGAAUGUUCACAUGCAAAUAUGCAGAGUACAUCACCAAAGACAAGCCAAUCACAUUCACACAAGUAAGUACUUCAACCGCCCAGCUGCCCCUGUGUCUGUUGGAGAGAGGCCAGUAUUGGAGGCCAGUGUUUAAUACUGUUAGAGGUGUGCAAAGCCCAGCUCAUCCAUUUGUGAUUCUGAUUUCUACCUCUACAAGUUCAUUAAUAACCUCUAAAGUCUAAGCUGAUUGGGAGGGUUCUACUAAGCUAACAUAUGGAAUUGUUUUAAGAUGGUCAUACCAUGGAUCGUUUAGCUAGGAGAUAUAAGAAAGCUCCGGAAAUAUGUGUGUAUUUGUUGGCACAAAACUACCUCCAUACUUCCAUUUAAUUUGUAUGGGUUACCUUAUACGAGUCCCGUGUGGGGAGAACACCAUCGGAGAACACCAUUGUGUUCGUGAGAGUCUUCUCUUUCCAUAGAGGGGUCAUAUUCAUUUGUAGGGCAAACUGUUUUUGCGAGAAGACCGAUUUCCGGGAUGUUUGGGUUGGGUGGCAGAGCAUCAUGGGAGUUUUGUGAAACACUCGAUAGAAAGUCUGCAUCUCGAUUCACUUCGUUUGGAGGGACGACUAGAGGGCUGAAAAGGCACUACGCCUCGCUCAAAGUUGACUUGGGAUACCACUACGACUCGAUGGGGAUCGCUCAAAACGGAGGGGUAGGGCUAAGGGAGUGGGGUGGGAGGCAUUGGGAUUGAGCCUAUGAGUAACUAACUCAGUAUUUCCCUUCCUUCCAAUUGACAGAAACACAUGCCCUACUUCAGGAGACGGAUGGUCUGGGAGAUAUUGAAUCGGAAACUGUUGUGAUGAAAUCGGGAAGAGAUUUCUGAACAGGUAGCUACUGUUUGGUCAAGGGCGUGGAAGUGUGUGAAAUGAUGAUGGUGCCCAUGACGCUGUGGCUGUUCCAUUGCAGGAGGAUUCAUUUAUUGCAACCACAACAUCCUGUGUAUUAGCAAGCAAGGGUCUCUCUUUCAAUUGGGGUUGUUCUCAUUUACAAAUCAUACUCUGAAAUUUUCCAGUCAGAACGCCUGUCUAGUGAAGUUGCCUUGUAUUUGGUCACUGUCGAUAUUUUUGUAAACUACUCAAAGGUAUAGUUCAAUGAAAGCUUGGUGUUCUGAUGUGAUGACUGUUAACACCUUAUUUUUAUAGUUUGUGGCCAACACCCAUACCUGGUUAAAUAAACUGGUUAAAUGUGAGAACAGAGCUCGAGAUGCGGUGACAUUCUUUGAUUUAUAUCUGGACACCCACAUUUGAUAGUUGUUGUUAGCUAAAUAGAAAAUAUAUGCAACAAACUUCAGAGUAUAAUUUGUAAAUGGGUAGGCCUAGAUAUGGAGGUGGUGUGUUGCCAUACAUUGCUAUUGUGUGGUACUUGAGCUGACACGAGUAUCUUCAUUGGUUAAUUGGACCCCAAAACAGAUAAGCUUCAGUGAUGCUUCCUUGACCAAGAGACCCGUUAUUCCAAGACUAAAUUGUGGCCUGAAAUUUAAAGUCUAUUUUGUUUAAAUAAGCAAAGCAAAAAACUGUCUGGUGCAUUUUUUUCUGGCUAUUUUCGACAUGUGUACAUACUGAUGAGUAUACAGUUUCUUGGAUAAUGUAUUUAAUAUACAUUUUGUACCUUUUUAUUAUCUGUUUUGUAUCUAGAACAAAAUCUUUUUAGAAAUAAAUUCCACAAGUAUUGUGUAUGUGCAUCUCUUAUGUUUGGAAAGGUAUACAUUACAUGAGCAUACACACUCUUGGUAAUAAAAGGCACAUGGACAAAAUAUAUAUUUUUUAUAAAAGGAUUCCUUUUAAUAAUACAAAAAAAAAAGUUCAAAAACAUCAAACCAAAGAAACAUUUUGAAAAGCUGUGUUUGUCAAGAAAGGGGAAUUUUAGGCUGCAUUUACACAGGCAG